CAGGAAGUGCUUCUGCAGAGGAUUGCAUGCCGGGAGUUGUAGUUUAGGGAGUUGGUGAAGUAUCCUGCAGUCCUCUGCUACACAAUCCUGCAGCUCUAACUGUUCGGACUUCUGGUCUUCUUCAAACCAUGCUGAGAGCGAGAGCUCAGCAUCUGCUACUGAACAAUGUACACGGACGCCAACAGCCCAUUUCCACAAAGCUCCUAGCUCUCUGCAGGCUCACAUGCAGCCGCUGUCCCUCCCCACGCCUCCUUCAUCAUCAGACAUUGCACCCAGAAUGGGCAGCGAUGGCCAAGAAACAGCUGAAGGGCAAAGACCCAGAAAGUCUGCGGUGGCACACGCCAGAAGGCAUAGUGAUCAAGCCACUUUAUACCAAAAGAGAUACAGUGGAGACUCCAGAGGAAUUGCCAGGCGUGAAACCUUUCACCCGUGGUCCUUACCCCACAAUGUACACUCACAGGCCGUGGACCAUCCGACAGUAUGCUGGCUUCAGCACAGUGGAGGAGAGCAACAAGUUCUAUAGAGAUAACAUAAAGGCUGGCCAGCAAGGACUAUCUGUAGCUUUUGACUUGGCCACGCACCGAGGCUAUGACUCUGACAAUCCCCGGGUCCAUGGAGAUGUUGGAAUGGCUGGUGUUGCCAUAGACACUGUGGAGGACACAAAAAUGCUUUUUGAUGGCAUACCAUUGGAUAAAAUGUCUGUCUCCAUGACCAUGAAUGGGGCUGUCAUCCCCAUCCUUGCUAUGUUUAUUGUCACUGGGCAGGAACAAGGUGUUCCUCAGGAGAAGCUAACUGGGACUAUACAGAAUGAUAUAUUAAAGGAAUUUAUGGUCAGGAACACAUAUAUAUUCCCACCAGAACCCUCAAUGCGAAUUAUUGCUGAUAUUUUCCAGUACACUUCUCAGAACAUGCCAAAAUUUAAUUCUAUAUCUAUCAGUGGAUACCACAUGCAGGAGGCAGGAGCAGAUGCUAUUUUGGAGUUGGCAUACACUGUGGCAGAUGGGCUAGAAUAUUGUAGAACAGGACUGAAGGCUGGCCUGACCAUUGAUGAAUUUGCUCCCAGGUUGUCAUUCUUUUGGGGCAUUGGGAUGAAUUUUUACAUGGAAAUAGCCAAAAUGCGAGCGGGCAGGCGACUCUGGGCACACCUUAUAGAGAAAAACUUUCAGCCGAAGGAACAGAAAUCUUUGCUUCUGAGAGCCCAUUGUCAGACAUCAGGAUGGUCUCUAACUGAACAGGACCCUUACAACAAUGUUGUCCGCACUGUGAUUGAAGCAAUGGCGGCAGUUUUUGGAGGCACGCAAUCCUUGCACACUAAUUCAUUUGACGAAGCCCUUGGGUUACCAACUGUGAAGAGUGCUCGUAUAGCUAGAAACACGCAGAUCAUUAUCCAGGAGGAGUCUGGGAUUCCAAAGGUUGCUGACCCUUGGGGAGGCUCUUACAUGAUGGAGAGUCUUACAGACGAUGUCUACCAAGCUUCUCUAAAGCUCAUUAACGAAAUCGAAGAAGUGGGUGGAAUGGCAAGAGCUGUGGCAGAAGGCAUCCCCAAGCUACGUAUCGAAGAAUGCGCAGCACGGCGACAGGCACGGAUUGAUUCAGGUGCCGAGGUCAUCGUGGGUGUGAACAAAUACCAGCUACAGAAAGAAGAGUCCGUUGAGGUCCUUGCCAUUGAUAAUACGUCUGUGCGCAACAGGCAAAUUGAAAAGCUUAAAAAGGUGAAAGAAACCAGAGACAACUCUGCUGCUGAGAAGUGUUUAGCGUCCAUAACAGAAUCUGCGGCCUCAGGCAAUGGCAACAUAUUGGCACUCGCUGUGGAAGCCGCCCGUGCAAGGUGUACGGUGGGAGAAAUAACUGAUGCCAUGAAGAAGAUUUUUGGUGAACACAAAGCCAGUGAUCGGAUGGUGAGCGGAGCUUAUCGCCAGGAAUUUGGUGAAAGUGAGGAAAUUGCCCAAUCAAUCAAAAGAGUCCAGUGUUUCAUGGAAAGAGAAGGUCGAAGACCUCGUUUGCUUGUUGCAAAAAUGGGACAAGAUGGGCAUGACCGAGGAGCAAAGGUUAUAGCAACAGGAUUUGCAGACCUGGGAUUUGAUGUGGAUAUUGGACCUCUGUUCCAGACGCCUCGUGAAGUAGCCCAGCAGGCUGUGGAUGCUGAUGUCCACUGUGUUGGCGUUAGCACCUUAGCCGCAGGUCACAAAACACUUGUCCCUGAGUUAAUCAAAGAGUUAAGUUCUCUGGGGCGCCCUGACAUCCUAGUAAUGUGUGGUGGAGUCAUCCCACCUCAGGACUAUGAAUUUCUGUACAAUGCUGGCGUAUCCAGUAUCUUUGGACCAGGAACUCGAAUCCCCAAUGCUGCUGUCCAAGUGAUCCAUGACAUUGAGCGGAAUUUAGAAAAAAGGCAACAGUCAUUGUGAUGUCAAAGCAAAUAUCACAUAACAGGGAUACGUGUCAUGAACUCAGAAGGCACUUACAGGAAACCACACCGGGUCUUAUCUAGGAAUCUUUUAGAAGAGCGAGAUUCGGGCCAUUGUUCUUUUGGUACGCAAGUUUUGUUACACAAUUUAUACAUUUGAUUGGAUGGUGGAAAAUUAAAUAUAGUGUAUUUGUAUGAAUGUAUAAGUAAAAAUAAAAUAAAACUGAUUACAAAA